AUGAAAUUCCAAUUGAAGCCAACCCCCUUGGAAAACAUCGUUGGUAAGUCUAUAGCUGGAGUACUUCCAGACUACGACAAGCCUUGGUACAAAGUGAGACAUUUGCUAGUGCUCAAUAUUCUUUUAGUGGUACCACUACUUUCAGCAGCUGUCAACGGCUAUGACGGUUCUUUGAUGAACGGUCUUCAAUCUGUGGAAGAAUGGAGAGAGUACUUUGGAUAUCCCCGUGGAAAGAUGUUGGGAUUUGUGAAUGCUGCUCAGAGCGUUGGAGGAGUUGUAGUGCUUCCUUUUGGUGGCUACCUUUCAGACACAUUGGGAAGAAAAUGGACGUUGAUAAUCGGCCUUCUGGUUAUAGUGAUUGCUACCAUCAUACAAGCCACCAGCAUUAAUAUUGGACAGCUUAUUGCAUCCAGGUUUAUUGUCGGUUUUGCUGGAUUGUUAGCAGCCCAACCAGCGCCAUUACUUAUUGCAGAAUUAGCCUAUCCUACUUUCAGAGGGAAAGUCACAAGCUUGUAUUGGACAUCCUAUUACAUAGGUGCUAUUUUGGCUUCCUGGCUGUGUUUUGGAUGCACAGGUAGAGGUGACACUUGGACAUGGCGAAUUCCUAGUAUUCUCCAAGCAGCAUUUCCCAUUAUCCAGCUUGUGUUUUUGUAUUUUGUGCCUGAAAGUCCAAGAUGGCUUGUUUCGAGAGGGAAGGUUGAUAAGGCAAAAAGCAUUUUGGUAAAAUAUCAUGCUGGUGGUGACGAGAAAAGUCAACUUGUGGAGACGGAAAUGCUAGAAAUUUCUAAUGCCUUGGAAAUGGAAAAACAAGCCGACCAGACCUCGUGGAAAGCCUUUGUUGCUACUCCAGGAAACAGAAGGCGUACUUUUAUUGCUUUAACCUUGGGUGUGAGCUCUCAGUGGAGUGGUAAUGCUGUGGUAUCCUACUAUUUUACUUUGGUUCUUGACACUAUUGGUAUUACAUCUUCGUCGAUGCAAACCAUGAUAAACGGGUUUUUGCAAAUCUUCAAUCUCGUAUUUGCUACGCUUGCUGCUUUAAUGGUGGACUUCCUUGGAAGAAGGUUCCUUUUCUUGUGGUCCGGAAUUGGAAUGCUUAUUUCAUAUAUCAUCUGGACGAUCUUUUCUGCGAUAUUCGAACAAACCAAGUCUGUUGCGGCUGGAAGAACAGUGGUUGGUUUUAUCUUUAUCUUCUUCUUCCACUAUGAUAUCGCAUAUACCCCAUUGCUUUUGGGAUAUCCUACAGAAAUCUUCCCAUACUCCAUGCAUUCAAAGGGUGUCACGAUAGUUCUUGUUAUGGUCAAUGCUUCGUUGGUUAUUUCAGCAUUCUGCAACUCCAUUGCUUUGGAUAAUAUUGGAUGGCGCUACUACAUUGUAUUCUGUGUCAUUCUCUUGUUUGUGGUGCUUAAUACUUACUUUUUUUACCCAGAGACCAAAGGCUACUCUUUGGAAGAAAUUGCCGUUUUGUUCGAUGGAGAGGCAAAGGUCGAUCCAGAAGCUUUGGAAGACAUUGAUUACUCAGAUGCACUUCUGAACUUGGAAAAGUCUGUUCAAGUGCAGCAUGUGGAGAAUGCAAGCCAGGAUAGCUAG